AUGGCAGAGAUGAAUAACAUCGUUUCUGGUGCAAAUAUUCACAUAAGCGACCAGAGGAAGAUUGUGAGUAUCAGCAAUGAUAGUAAUUGUGAGACUCUGACUAGUGGAGGUGAUGAAAACAUGGUGGACAAUAUUAAAGAAGCUGGUGGAUGGUUUGCUGAGCAUUGUCCAAUAUGGCCAGGACAAGCACACUACAUAAAGGUCGAGAAAGUUUUAUUCGAGGGGAAGUCAAAGUACCAAAGAAUGAUGGUGUUUCUGUCAUCAGGAUAUGGAAAGGUGUUUGUGUUAGACGGGGCACUCCAACUGACCGAGAAGGAUGAAUGUUCAUAUCAAGAAAUGAUGACCCACCUUCCUCUUUGCUCCAUUCCAGCCCCCAACAAGGUGUUGCUGAUUGGUGGAGGAGAUGGUGGCAUCCUCCGGGAAAUAUCUCGACACAAUUCUGUCCACCACAUUGAUAUAUGCGAGAUAGACACUGUGCUGAUUGAUGUGUAUAAGGAAUUCUUCCCUGAUAUUGCCAUUGGUUAUGAUGAUCCUCGCGUAACACUUCAUGUUCAAGAUGGAACUGCAUUCUUGAAAUCUGUUCCAAAUGGUACCUAUGAUGCAAUAAUAGUGGAUGCAUUUGACCCCAUAAGACCAGAACAUGAACUUUUGGACAGUCCAUUCUUUAAGUUGGCAGCAAAAGCUCUCCGUCCAGGAGGAGUGAUGUGCAUCCAGGCAGAAAGCUUAUGGUAUCAGCCAUUCGACAUUGAACAACUCAUUUCAAGUUUUCGUCAUAUUUUCAAAGGAUCUAUCAGCUAUGCCUGGACUAUUGUUCCCACUUAUCCAAGUGGAGUGAUUGGUUUCUUGCUUUGUUCAACCGAAGGGCCAUAUGUUGACUUCAAAGUGCCUGUCAACCCCAUCGAUCCCGACCAGAUUUCGGGUGUAGCCAAACAACCCUUGAAAUUUUACAACUCAGAGGUACACUCAGCUGCGUUUUGUUUGCCAACUUUUGCGAAAAAGACAAUGGACCUCAAUGUUUGAGUAGAUUGUUUAAUGUUUCACAAUGUGCGCAAUGCAAGUUUCCAAUAAAACUAUAUGCAAAUACCAACACAUGAUUUUUUUCCCUUGUAUCACA